AUUAUCACAGAGGUUCGUGGAACAAUGAUUCGAAGUGCAUCAGGCUUCUGUCGUUCGGCGAAUGUCGUUAGCCAGAUGAUCUAUCGUUACAAUCCGGAGAAACCAGGCGCAAAACCCGAAAUGCAGGAUCUGGUGCCGGAUAUGAAUCUCUUUUAUGCGCAAUAUGCAUCAAUUGAACCGUGGCUGAAAAAGAAGACAAAGCUAACACUUGGUGAGAAGCAGAUGUUCCAGUCGGAAAAAGAGCGUGAAAAAUUGGAUGGCUUGUAUGAAUGCAUUCUUUGUGCUUGCUGCAGCACGAGCUGCCCAUCCUACUGGUGGAAUGCAGACAAAUAUCUUGGGCCGGCCAUUCUUCUACAGUCUUACAGAUGGAUAAUCGAUUCUCGAGACGAUUAUGCCAAUGAACGACUGUCAAAGAUUCACGAUCAUUUCAGCGCAUUCAAAUGUCAUACAAUUUUGAACUGCACCAAAACUUGCCCGAAGGUAUUUUUAAAAGUUUAGCU